CUGUUCAACACGCUGUGACGUUCUUCAAUUCAAAUCCAGUCUCGCGGGAGUUCCUUUCAUAGCAACGCUGCUGGAUACGAGCAGCGCGCUCACUGUGGCGGAUUAAAAACAAUAACAACCAACGUCCUGUAGAGGAUGGCCACAUUCCCUCAGCCGCCAGCAGAUGGAGGCGAGAGUCAUUCUGUUGGACAAACACCCAGAAACCAAGCAGGAGCUCAAAGUCAGCACAGUGUUGGCCAUGACUGGAGGCAGCCCAGGACGGUCACAGGUGGCUCGGAGCUUCAGAGACCAGGGGGGCACUCGUUGCACCUAGAGUUUCAGGACAGUAACCUAUCUCCAGCGCUUUCCCUGUUGCCUUCAGUCUCUGUUGAACACAACUUCACUGAAUAUUCAUUAUUCCACCAAAGUGAUAAUGAAUUUGCCCCUUUGAGAGCGUACCCUGAUGUUUCCACGGCAUCUGAGAUGUUUCACUUUCCACCCCAUGAUCAGAGCACUCAAGCAUCUGAGCAUGAGUCAUUGUCUCAACACCCUUUGGCACAGGCAAGCAUUUUUUCUGAAGAAGGAGCAAGCUGCUUUGUGUCUCAGGAUAGUUUGUCGCCACAGGAUGAAGCCAAACAAGUGAAAAAUGCUCACUCUGAUCUAAUUCCAGUAGAUAACAGAGAAGCAGCAGGCAGUCUAGUAGGAGAGCCUCCUGAAGAUGAGCUUUUUUUUCUGAGGAAGGAUGUUUCUGUGAAGCAACUUCUGGGCCGCCUUCAGGAAGAUGUUGGUAUGCUAAGCAGCAGUAGUGCAGUUUCCUCUGAUUCUGGGAAUUCUAUGAAGAGCAUUACGUAUUUGGAUGAAGGGCCUAAAAAAAACAACCAUCGCAUGAUUGAAAGAGAAGGUCCUCCAGGUGAAGCCUCUCUCCCACAGCAGCAAACACAGCAACCCAACAUACUUACAAAACCUGAGCAGUCACAAGCGCUGUCGUCUGAGGUCUGUAACAUCACCAUGGGGUCACGCAGCACUCAACCCGAUGACAGUACACAACAGCUGCACAGAGAGCUGGUGUCUGAGGCUGGAAGGCGUUGUGCUCAUGAAACUGUAUCUAAAAACCUGCAGCAGCAAAGCCCAUCACUACCUGGUCAGUCUCUUACACCAAAUCCCACAGAGACGCCUGAGGACAAGUUGGGAGUGAGGAGAAUUAAUCAGCCUGUGCCUGGGACGGGGCCAUUUUCUACAGGUAUAACACAGACUCACAGAGAACAAGACCUCUGGUUUUCAGGAAACCAAACAGGCAUUGAUGGGUCCUUCCUAGGCUUCCUUCCGCAAUCUCAGUCCACUCCAGGGGUUUUUAAAUGGCCACCAAAAUCCACGGACAAAGCUCAAUUAGGGCAACUUUCUGAUGUGCAGUCCAGUGAAGAUAAUUCAUGUCAAACAAACACUGGCAUCUCCCCACAACCAGCGGUUCCUGUGCCUGCAGCAACUCUGUGCCAAGAGGAAGCUACCACUGCAGAAGUCCAGUCUCUCCCAAGUCUCAACUAUAUGCAGAAAGUAGAUGCUUGGAGGGCAAACCAGAGUUCAGGCAAGACGUCACUCUUUGACAGCCUGGCACUGCAGGGGUUUUCUGGUGUUUCUCCUAAAAAGAAAGCUUAUGACGCAGUGUCUGACACCUUGAAUCACAUCCUCACUCAGCACGUGAAGAAUCUACAACCUCCGGUUUCAAGUGCUGCUAAGCAGACUGUCACACAGAGCUCCCCAGCUCCCUCUGGUGCUUCCUCUCCAACCAGAGGGGAGGCAGUGGGCAGUGCUCCCAAUGACCGAGAACUCAGCAAGUCUGGAGCUCGACCCUCGUCUUCUCCGUUUGGCAGGUCACAGUCCCACUCCUCACUAAGCACCGUCGUCAUGUUGGUGCAGAGAGAUCAGCACACAGACAGACCUGCAGAAAACAAGAUGCUUGAUGAGCAGCAGAUCAGCCGCACUGUUCAACCCUCACCUCUAAUGAGCCUCGGUCACUUCAGUGAUGUGUCUGUUGACAAAGACGUAGCACUCUCAAGUUCCCAAGACAGUUACAACAGUGGAAUAAAGUUAGCAACUUCUGUGGGAGCUUCUUCAGUCACCAGUCUAGAUGUCGAUAAUUAUGCCCCAUACUGGACUUCAAAACUGUCAACACCACCACCUCGGGCCAGGGCUCGAGAGCUCAACAUCGAAGAACGAAUUCCGUUGUACCUUCAUAACCUGGGUAUUGACCAGUCUCCCUCUGCAAUCCUGACUCCAUUUGUACCCAGAGGGCCAAUCAGGGAGCCUGAAUUCUCUCCAACUGAUCUCUGUACAAUUAAAGGAUCGGUUGGAACCCCGUCCAAGAGUACACAGCCUUCAGAAGGUGGUAGCCCCCAUAAAGGAGAGUUUUCCAGGUCCAGCAUUCUUUCCGUGGACUCUAGUGUUUCCAUUCCACUUAGCCUUGAUAGUCUUGGAGCAGCUGUUCUUCUUCCAGAGCAGAUACAGGGAUCUUGUACUUCAUCAGACACAGAAACCCAGAGUCAGCGCAGACUGGCAUCCUCCUCCCAAUCUGAUGAUGAGUGUAAGGCCAGCCAACAGCAGGAGGACUGUAGUUUAACCAGCAGCCAGAACACUGAGCAGACAGCUGGCGGGUUUGACUCAAAGGCCAGCGAUGUAAAAGGACACGUUGUGUCACCCAUGCAGCCAAACCGUCAUCUGGAUCAAAGUGCAGAUGAUUCCUUUGUGAGCUCGAAGGCCUUGUGGGAGAUCCGUAAACUCCUUUCUCAGGCAGAGAAUGUGGUGUCUGCUGCCACCUCUGCAGCUUCUUCAGCGUCUGCUGCGCUGCCGCGUUUGCUCUCUGAUAGUAAUGUUUUCCUCUCGACGAACAAGAAAGCCACCGGGCUCCAGAACUCCUUUCUUUCAGCCUCAUCCUCCUCUGCAGCUGAAGAUACCAGGAAUUGGUCCUCCUUCCUGGGAGCCAGGUCAUCAUCUGACUCUAUGCUGAUCUCAGAGAGACCAAGACAAAGCUCUGUGGGUGGAGACAGAGUCGCCACCUCAUGGCAACCUGUUUAUCCAUCAACACAAGCCCUUGCUGCAGAGAGGGAGCCACAAGAUGGUACUGCAGACUCAUCUGCCCUCUCCAAAUCGGCGCGACGGGCAGAGCCUGAAGGCUGCAGCGCUGCACCCCCAGCACAGCCACCGGUCGUAAAGCCUCUCCCUUCUGUGAGUACAGAGGGUCCAGAGGAGGAGAAAGCUAGCGUAGGAGGCUCUGCAGGGAGCGACUCCUCCUCACCCAUCCUGGGGGACAUGGACCAGGGAGCGGGUAGUGAUGGAAGCAGUGAGAGCUCACUGGCCGUUCGAGUAGCUAAGUUACUGCGGAGCGACUCUCCGGCCACGAUGGUGUCUAGUACAACCAGCAGCACUGACCAGGAGGAGAACAAAGCUAGAGAGUGGAUCAGGCAGACGGUCUCUGGACAACAGUGCCAGUCUUUGGAGCUGAACAAAGAAGAUAGAGAGCGGAUCGAAGAGAUCAAGAGAGAGCUGCUGUUGAAAAAGCCAGUAAAGAGCCAGGGCAGCACAGACACAGAGAGCAGUGCAUCAUCCAGUCUUCAAGCUCCAAUGAGCGAAGGCCAAUGUCAGCAAACAGAGCUCUCAGCCCUCAGGGACACGAACCUGACACGUCCAGGUCUCAGCACAGACCUCCUGGGCCCUAGUGUUCAGCCUAUGAACUCUCCUUGUCCAGAUUUAGAAGCUCAAGUACGUGAAAUUGCAGCCAGAGAAGGAGUUGCCCUCCCUAAAACAAAGCCUCUGGCUAUAACGUCCAUCACUAUCGCCACCAGGAGGCGCUCCACCUCACCCUCUUCACCCACGUCACCUGCACCUCCCUUCAGCCCAGCCCCAGAGCCGCUCCACCUCGCUGAGCUCUCCACAGGAGCAGUUGACCAGCCUCAGGCUAACUGGGAGCUUCCCCCAACUCAGGAUGAGUACCAGGAAACAAGCCAAAGACGCUUCACUCAAAACCAAACCCUGACGUCAGGAUAUCAGGAGAGGCAAAACACAUUUGGAGGCCAAUUUGAAGAAUGUCCUCUACCCUUGAAAGAUUUGGAUAGAGAAGACCUGAAUGUCCACAAACGCUUUGUUUCUGACGGCCUUGGAGCCGAGCAGUCCGCAGUCUCCACCACCUCUGAGUCUCCUGCUAAGACUGGUCACAUCUCUCACGUUCAUCUCACUCUGUCUCCCAAAGAUCACAGCUUGAACUUUGCUCCAUCCAGUGACGCAGCUGAUGUCACGAGGCUGCAAAGACAGGAAUCGGUUCCCCUCAGACAUGUUCCUUCUGAUCCCAGCAGUCCAGACGAAGGUGUUGGUUUGUCCAGUCCACCGGAGUGGUUCGACUCCACAAAGCCAAAAGGCCAGCGAGGCACCGCUCACCUGUUUAAAGCCGUGGUUACCCAGGAAAGAAGCAUCUCCACAUCCACACAGCACAGACCUGAGGUUUCCCCAAAGAACGUGACCACUGAGUCACCAGCUGUGCCUGUCCUGCUGCCUUACAAACCUCGUGGCAGUGAGGAGCUCUUCUACGUCCCUCAGACAGACGCUGGUGUCUUUUCCACAGACGCCUCUGACACCACCAUGGAGAGCUCACACACAGGCUCGGAUGAUGCUGUUCCUCCACGCUUCAGUAGUGAGGUCCUAGGGCACCAGGACCCGGGUUUGGACCGUGGAGUAAACAUCAGACACACAGAGGGCAUCUACAGCAAGAGGCUCAGAAUGCAACGUGAGCACACAGCAGAUAAAUGUUCACAGACAGAUUUCGGGCAAACUUCAGCAGCACCAUCUCGGGUAUCAGUUGCUUUUACUCGACUGCCUUCAUCGAGCCAACAAGAAGGCACAAAGAGAGACCAGGGGACCAGCCCGGUCCAGUUCCCUAGUUAUGAGCCAAGCAGAAGGGACUUUCAGCCUGUUCUUGUAGAUGUGGUCCACGACAGAGGCAGACGCAAAACCCAACGCUCUGUCCCUGAGGCAGGACGAGAGCGGGAUCAGCAGAGGAGGGACCCUGAUGUUUCUCAGUCCACCUCCCAGCAAACAGGCAGCAAUCUGGACCAGCUGUGGCAGAGGUUCUGUGACCGGUGGACUUUGGAGGAGGCACGACCGACCAGGGACCGAGAAGCAUCACUGCUGGAACGUCUCGAGCGCCUGUCGCGUCUUAUUAACAGCACAAGGGCUGCUGAUGGGUCAGAGCAGCAACAGAAGGAAUAUUCUGCUUCUUAUUCCACAAGACAGAAGCUAGAAAAGCAGAGAGGAGAUGCAGCAAAGAAAGAAAGGAGGCGUUCUGACACCAGAGAAACGGAGAGGAACCUCAGAGGAAGCCGAGGAGCAGAAGAUGCUCACGUCUGGACACGGACGCUCCAGGAGGAGGAGGAGGAGGACAGUCAUGCCUCCAGCCUCUCCCACAGCUCCUUGCACAGUCAGCAUCUCUGUCCUGCAGACAAAGACGAGACGGAGACGCUGUCCACCACCUCCAGCUCCAUGUCCACCAUCGACACGGCGCGACUUAUCCGAGCGUUCGGUGCUCACAGAGUCCAGCACCUGAAAAGCAGCUCCAGCCUCAGUAAACUGUACAGCGCCAUCAACAGGCAGAAAGACGGAAGGGAGCAGAGGAGAGGCAGAAACCCAGACUCCAUCGUCAUCCAGUCAGAGAACACAGUCACCGACGAAUCAGUCGCUGCUGAUUCAGCCAGCUCUUAUUCUCUGCCCUCACACCAUGGCCUCUCUAGGUCUCUGGCUGCCAAGAGGAGCGUUAGGCUGGUCAACAAAGGCAUUCAGGCAGGUGACCUGGAGAUUGUCAGUAACGGGACCCGACGCCACACUAGAGACGUUGGAACCACUUUCCCUUCGCCUCGUGAAAGUGGAGCUGCGAGGACAAUCUCAUCUUCCUCGUACAGCAUGGAGAGAGGAAGAGGAGGGAAGAGGAGCCCUUCAAAGAGUCAAACAUUACAACAGAGAAAGAGCAAGAGGAGCUCAUCAAAACGUUACCCUCAAGGUGUGUCUUGGUUCAUCUCUGCUGACAACCUGAGCUCGGACGCAAAGAAGGAGAACCAGCCAGAGGAGUCGACAUGGAGGCCGAGCACAGCCUGGUUUGAGCUGUACAGCAGGAGACACCCGUGGAGAGAACCGCUCAGACAGAGACAAGUCCAUGAGGACAGAAACCAACAGCCCUCAUCGAUCCAUGAUACUGAGACAGAUCCAGAGCCUAGAACCAAAACGACGUCCUCUGGUCUGGCUCGCGUCUCCCUUCAGGAGGCGCUGGAGAUGCGGCGUCCAGAGUUCAUCUCUCGCUCCAGACAGAGGGUGAGGCGUCUGGCUCUGCAGGUGGAGGAGAGAAGGCUGGAGUCCGUCUUCCUCAGGGAGAGGGACGAGUACCAGCCCACAGGACGGAGGAGGCUGCCGAAGCCUGCGGGCACUGGUUUCCUCAGAAGAGCUGUUCCCAGGAAGGAAAUGAUCCAGAGAUCCAAACAGAUCUAUGAGAAUCUGCCAGAGGUGCAGCGAAGGAAAGAGGAAGAACGGAGGAAAGCUGAGUAUCGGUCGUAUCGCCUCAAUGCCCAACUCUACAACAAGAGAAUCACCAGCCGUGUCCUGGGCAGAACAGCGUGGCAGUAAUUUUAAAUUAGCUCUAGCUUAAAUCUGUGAAACAGUUUGAGUAGUUUCAAAACUGAACAACCAAACCUACCUAAUGUUUUUAUUUAUUUGUGAUAAGUUUUUAAUUUUAAAAUUAUGUAGAAAACUAGACUUUUAAUGAAACAAUGGACUGUUUUAAACAUUUUUAAUAAAACAAUUAACUAUUUCA